GGCCUGUCGACUUCGGCAGUUGACUGGCGAACACUGUCGUCGAACCAUAUCCUCUCAUCAUUUCUUUUAUACAAUCACACUACCCAAAACCACUUCUCACCAUCACAACUUCACUUCACAGAAACUCAAAAUCCGCCAUGGCCAAUCCAUCUCCAACCUCCGAAAUCACCCACGACUUCCCUCCUCUCCUCCGCAUCCACAAAAACGGCACCGUAGAGCGCCUCCUCGGCACCCAAACCGUCCCCGCCUCCCUAACCGACCCGAAAACCGCCGUCCAAUCCAAAGACGUCCCUUACUCCACCACCAACCCAGAUCUCGUCGCCCGCCUCUACCUACCCAAGCGAACCAAACCGAACCAGAAGCUCCCGCUCCUGAUCUACUACCACGGCGGCGGAUUCGUCAUCGAGACCGCCUUCUCUCCGACCUACCACAACCACCUCAACGCCUUGGUCGACGAGGCCAAUGUAAUCGCCGUCUCCGUCGACUACCGGCGAGCCCCCGAAACCCCGCUCCCGGUCGCGUAUGAGGAUUGCUGGGCCGCGCUGAAAUGGGCCGGGUCACACUCCGAUGGGGCCGGGCCGGAGGAGUGGCUCAAUGACCACGCGGACUUCGGGUCCGUGUUUCUCGCGGGUGACAGCGCGGGCGCCAAUAUUGUUCACCAAAUGGGGAUAAGGUACGGGCGGGAAAAGAUAGAGGGGCUGCCGCGGCUGGCCGGGUUGGUCCUGGUCCACCCGUAUUUCGCGGGGAAGGAACCGGUCGAUGACGACGAGGCGGCUCAGGUGCCCGAUUGGUGGGAGAGGUUCUGGUUGCUGGCCUGCCCGACGUCGACGGCCGGGCUGGACGACCCGUAUUUGAACCCGGCGUUCGAACCGGACCUGGCCCGGCUGGGCUGCUCGAGCGUGCUGGUUAUGGUGGCGGAGAAGGAUUUCUUGAGGGCGAGAGGGAAGCAUUACUGCGAGCUGCUGAAAGGGAGCGGGUGGGAAGGCGAGGUGGAACUUGUGGAGGCGGAAGGCGAGCAGCAUGUCUUCCACUUGUGGAAUGCUGGCUGCGAAAACGCGGCCGUUUUGGUGAAGAAGAUAUGCUCCUUCAUAAAUAGUAGUAAUUGAAGUUCAUAAUGUUUGUUUUUUUGGUUUGGCAUCGUUGACUCGUUGGGCAGUUGGAUGUUAAUGUCCAUUUGUACUUUUGUAAUAAUGCGUGAUGUUAGCUCUCUAGCCUUUUUUCCCCGAUCUUGGUUUGUCCGUUUCGAUGCAUUAACCGGUGUAAACGUAACGGAGGUUAUACCGAAAAAAUCUAAUAGUAGAUUAUUAGGUAGUAAAAUUGUGGGAUAGUUAUGAUUUAA